ACAAACCACUCACGCUACAAAUGGGUUGUGGUGCGUCAUCACCAUCUCCGGAUGACCCACCGCUGCGCAGGACCAAGGCAGGCGGGCGAGAGCAAGAGUCGGCAGGGGCUGGAAGUGAGCCGAGGCACUCCACGCCGGCGCGCAAGUCGUCCAAGGCGGGCAAGUCGCGAUCAAAGUCGCCAAAGGAGCCGGCACGGUCACCAGCAACGUUGUCAACCAAGACACGAGGCCAGAGCCCAGAGCAGAAGCCGAGCUCACACACUGAUCCGCUCCCGUUGUGGAUUCGAUGGGCAAACGGGCUCGAGCCGGUGGCGCCCCCGGGCACGCCCGCCGACCAGGUGGCGGCUGCAGCUCGGGUCAGUUCCGAUGGAUGGCUCGUGCUCCGGGGAUGUACUGAUCUGGCUGACGGCGAUGUCGGGGCUAUGCUGGACCGGAUUGGAGCCGACGUGGUGGCGCUUGAUCUGCGUGCUACUCUUGUCUCGGCCCAGGUACUCUAUGAGGUAGCGAGCAACUGCCCGCUUGUCCAGGUUGUUCUUCUUGACGACGAUGCGCUAGCGGCGCCCGACGCUGAUCCGCUGAUGGACGGCUCGCUCGUCGCUCCUGACUCCCCGUCUGACUCGAUCGGAUCCGGUGGCGCGCUCAAGUGGCUUCACUCCAUGGUGGAAGGCCACCCCGUCCUCCCACGCCUGCUCACUCUAUACGGCGUGUACGACGAGUACUACGACGCUGCGGACUACGGCCUCGACAACCUCGCGUUGUUACUUGAGGAGGACGCGCUCGAUCCACGGGCGUCUCUUGCCCUCCCGCCGCGCGCACUCGUUGCCCCGCACCGCAUCGCCGACGCGCUUGUUGCCGUCACCUCGAACGCCGCCGCCGUCACUCUCCGGCCCGGCAACGUGGACAACGACGACGAUGAUGACUUGGCUACCCCGGCGUUGUGGCUGCCGACGCUCUCGGCUUUUCUGGCCCGCCCUCCGGUCCAAGCCGCGCUCACCCGCCUCGUGCUCUUUGACACCCAACUCUCCGCUGACGACGCCGCACGCAUCGGCACCGCGCUCACCUCGGGCGUCAUCAUGCCAUCGCUCACCCAUCUUUCGUUUGAGAUGAACGAGCUCGGCGACUCGGGCGUCUCCGCCAUUGUCGAUGCCCUUGCUUCGCCGCAAGCACCGGCUGCGCUGCCCAACCUUGUCUCGCUCAACCUCAACUGCGUUGCCUGUGGGGUCGAUGGCGCCGCCGCGCUCGGUGCGCUCAUCUGCGGCUCUCACACUCUCACCGCCAUUACAGCCUACGCCAACGAGGACAUCGGCAACCGUGGCGCCGCCGCUCUCGCCGCCGCGCUCUCGCUGCCGGAGACUCGGUCGAUCUUAGCCCUCCUUGACCUCGGCGCUUGCGACAUCGGCUCGCCCGGUAUCGACGCGCUCGCGUCGUCCGCCCUUUUUGCCCGCGAUGGCAGCAUUCCCCUCCGUGCCCUCCGCCUCAACGGUAACGCCGUCGACGACGCCGCCGUCGCCCACCUCCUCCCGGCGCUCGCCCGCGCCCACUCGCUCACCUCGCUCGAUCUCAUGUCCAACGCACUCACUCAAGCCGGCGCCAACGAGCUCCUCACCGCCGCCGCCGCCGAGCCGCGCCUCGCCCAUGGCGGCAUCCUGCUUGACGCUGCCCUCACCCAGCUCUUGCCGAGUCUCUGCACGCCCGGCUUUGCAGCCCCCAAUCUCGGCUCAUUGGCGUGCGUGCCGUGCCUCCCGGGCACAUACGCGCCGGCCGGAAACGCAUCUGUCUGCGAUCCGUGUCCGCGCGGCUCAGCAAGCGCUGCUCCUGAGGCCACCUUUUGCACUCCCUGCUCAGCAGGCACCUUUGCGCCCAAUGAUGGCGCCCUGGUGUGCUCGCCGUGCCUCCCGGGCUCGUUUUCCACAACUGAUGGUGCGCCCGGGUGUACCCUCUGUCCGAUCGGGACGGCGCAGCCUGCUUCGGGCGCCAGAGCGUGCGAGAGUUGCAAGCCGGGUUUCUUUGAGGGUAGCGAAGGCGCCCCAAGCUGCUCGCGCUGUCCGAUCGGCACCUACCAGCCGUCAUCCGGCGCGUCGGGCUGUAUCGCGUGCCCGCCUGCCACCUCUUCGUCUCCCGACUUUACCUCGUGCGAGCCAUGCCCGGUCGGCACCUUCAAUCCAGUUGACGGCGGCGAGUGCCAGCCGUGCCCGGCCGACGCGUUCACCAAUGUCACCGGAUCGCUGUCGUGCAAAGCGUGCGCCGCUGGUGGCGCCGGUAGCCAGCCGAUUGCAGACCGCUGCGUCUCGGCACCAGGCUUUCGCACCGAUCCGGCGACCGGCGCGUAUGUAGCGUGCCAGGUCGCCGCCGCCUGCUGUCUCGGCGAGCUCUGCGGGCCGUGCGGUGCGGCAACGAGCAAGCCAGCGUAUGUCGGGAGCCUGUGCGAGUCGUGCGCGCCAGGCUUUUACUCUCCCAGCAACAAUGGCGUUUGUUCUCAGUGCCCCAACUACUCGGGCUUUGUCAUCGCCGGCCUGGUCGUCGCUGUUCUGGUUGUCUGCCUCGUCCUUGUCCGGACAGCCAAGUCGGGCAAGUUGUACUUUACCUCGAUCUCGAUUGCGUUCAACUUUUUCCAAGUCACCGCUGUCCUCAUCACCUUUGAUCUCGGGUGGCCAUCGUCGGUCCGCUCGCUCUUUGAGCGGCUCUCGGUGUUUUACUUCAACCUCGACGUGGUCUCGCUCGACUGCACCUCGUCAGGUGGCAUGUCGUACGAAACCAAGUGGCUGCUCAAGCUGCUCUUUCCGCUCGCUUUUGUCGCCAUGUUUCUCCUCAUUUACAUCUGCAUCCUCAUCCACGGCCUGCUCCUCGCGUGCCGGGCGCGGAUACAGCGGAAGCGGGCGGCCAAGGCGCGCGGCGAUGCCGGCACCUCACUCCUCGCGCACGACGUGAUCCAAGUGUCAUCGGCGUCUACGCCGUCGACGGUCCUUGCCCUCAUCAACAACGCCAAGUACCGCCGUGCGUGCAUCAACGCCUGUCUCUCGCUCUUUUCCAUUGUGUACAUCAUGCUGCUGGUGACCAUGCUCGAGGUCUUUGACUGCGCACGGCCGGAUGGCGCGGGCGCGGGCUCGGCAAGGACCAUGCGCGCCGCGCCGCUCAUUCCGUGCACAACAGCGUCGGCGCAAUGGACCUGGCUCCGCAACGCUUCGGUCAUCGGUCUCGCGUUUUACGGCAUCGGCAUUCCUGCUGCCUUUGCGGCCGUUCUCCUUGUCCAGCGCGAGCGGCUGCACCACCCGUCAGCGAUUGCUAUCUGCGGCCUCCUGUACCGACGUUACCGGUCGGAGCACUACUUGUGGGAACUGGUCAUUUUGGCGCGCAAGAUCGGAGUGGUCGGCGGCAAGUUGUUGGCGGGGCAAGUUGACUUGCAGAUCAUCCUCAUUGCGGCGGUCAUGGUCACUGCCCUCGGCUUUCAACUCGGCAGCCAGCCAUACAUCGAGCGAGCCACGAACCGGCUGGAGCUCAUAUCACUCUCAGCGUCGUCGCUCAUUCUCUCGCUCGGCGUGGUGCUGUACCGCGUUAAUGCGCGAAAGGGCGAGAGCGCACUGCUCGAGGCGAUGCAGUUUUGGACGGCGCUGCUUGUCAUCGGCCUGGUAGGUGUCUUCUCCGCCAUCAUUCUGGUGGCUGUUGCGGUCGAGAUUGUGCACAUCCGCAACAUGCAGCUCGCCGGCAUUGUGGGCGGGUACGCGACCGACAACGUCCAUGUCUUCUCACACUUUUUCACCUCGCACUUUCGCAUUGUCUCGCAGCUGCAGUACUCGACAACGAGCGACGGGCGGCUCUCGCUUGUUCUGCAAUACGGGAAUGAGGAGGCGGCGACGGUCGACGCGCGGAUCCGAUCCGAGACCCGCGCCACAAGCCACGGGCCGACGGCGGUCUCGCUGACGACGACGCAGCUGGCGAACAGUGGAGAGGCGCGCGACGAGCGCGCGCUCGACAUGAGCCUGGUCGUCCAGCACAAUCCCGAGUACCACACUGUUCAUCUCGACGUGCUCUUCUACAAGUCAGGUCGGUACGUCAUGGUAGUCUCAGGCGGCGCGCCGAUUGUGCCCUCUACGGGGUGGUGUUGGGGUCGGUGCGGGCGCGACGCCAACCAGGAUGGUAACGACGUGUGGCACCCGCGGCGAGCGCUGCUCGACUACCGCUCGACGGUGACAGCCGAUGCUGACGCCGACGUGGCGGCGCAUCCGCGCCAAGACAUCAUCGACGUCGACGCCCUGACUGGCCACGGCGCGGUGGUGGUGACGCCGAUCACGGCGAUACUCGACACUGGCUCGUUGGUCACGUUCCGGGCGGUUGUUCUCGGCGCAGCAUACGUGGCUGUCCACUACCUUGACCGCAACGUGCUGACGCUGCUCGCGCGCGAGUCGCUCUCAGACGGCCCCGGCGAGACCAUCCCGGCCGACGGCCUCCACGCGCCGUCGCUUAACGAGGAUGUGGCGCCUGGGUACUCGGAUGUGUUUUCAGGCGACGUCGAGAUCGCAGCGUCGGGCGAGUAUGUGCUUGUGGCUUUCCUGCCGUACCUAUCGGACGAAGCGCGCGAGGGUGUGGCGCGGCCGGCACCAAUCCUCGCCAACACGCCGUCGAUCGUGCGAGCGAGCUCGUCGGUAGACUGGAGCGCCAAGCCGCGUGCGCGCGACAUGACCGAUCUCCGCAAGCAGAUUCUGUGGAACAUCGAGCCGCCGCUAGGUGGUUCGAGCGCUCGAGUGUCCAAGUCACCGCGAGGCGGGUUGGGCGCUCGUGACUCGGAUAGAGCGAGUGGAUCGGACUCGUGGUCAGAUGCAUCGGGCGCCACUGGACAUGCCGUGCGGUUGUCGAACGUCGCAGACAUGGAUGGCCAUCGGGGCGCUAGCCAGUCUUCAGCGCUGGGCGACUCGUACGACGAGUACGAUGCUGGCGAAUACGGAGGAUAUGGCGAUGGGUAUGGGUAUGGGUAUGGGUACGAGUACUCUGAGCAGCACGAAAGCCUGUUUGGCGAAAGCAAUGGCCACGUCGUGGGCAAGGGAAAGACGAAGGCCAAGGGCAAGGGAAAGGGAAAAGCCAAGGCAAAGACGAAGGCAAAGGCAAAGGCAAAGGCAAAGGCAAAGGCAAAGGGCAAGAGCAAGGCCAGGGUGCUGGACGAGGACAAGGAUGUGGCGGAUGUGGCGGUCGAGCUGGAACGGCUGCGGCGGGUGGUGCUGGUGCAGUAUGCAGCCGAGCUGCGCGCCGAUGUGGUGCCUAUAUUUGGCGACGACGACGAUCGCGAGGCGCCGCACGUUGCGGUGCUGCCCACGACGCCGCAUGUGGGAGGUGGGGACGAUGGCCCUGGCCGAGGCCGCAGUGCCUGGGACAAGCCGGGCAGCGCGCGCGACGAGAGUGCAGGAAGCCCGAAGACCCGGACCAGGAGCGCCAGUCGCGGUGUGGCUGAUGACGGCGGCGACGGCGGUAGCGGCGGCGGGCGUGCGCCCGAGUCGCGGAUGUCGUCACAGUCGCGGUCGGUUCGGGAGUUGAGCCGGAGCCGCGGGUCAACGCCGCAGUCGCGGGAGGUCUCUGCCUCACCGGCGCGGUCAAUAUCGCAGAGCUCACGGCCGGCCCGGCGAGGCCAGCCGCGGCGAUCAGCGUCGCUGCAGCCGCAAGCGGCCGACAAUCUAGUCAGCGUGGCGCUGGCGGCCUCGGGCCCGGGCCGGGUGCGGCGGUCGGAUACGCGGACGCGAUCACGAUCACGAUCGCGAGUGGUGGUCGACGACGACUUUGACUCAUCGUCGUCGACCAGUGGACAUGGGUUCAGCUGUCGACUUGAGCAACAGCACUCGCGGUCGAUGCCCCGUGUUGACCGCCUGCACAUGCUUGACGAUCUGUAAUGUGAAUGAACAUCAGGCAACACACAUA